AUGGAGAGAUGACUGAAAACACUUUGUGAACAAUGGGUUUCCACACACUGCAAAUACAUCUGUGUGCUUGGUCUCAGUAUGCAGAUUGUGUGUGCUUUAGACCAGGUGACACUCCUGAAUCCUCCUGAGGAGCCUCUUCCGGAUCACCUUUUGGAAAUACUUUACUCUUGUGAUGAACCUGCCACUGUAGAGCUUGACUGUGUCGUGUCUUUUGAAACUGGCAUCACCUCCACACUCCAACUGAGACAGUGGAGCUGCGUCCCCGGUCACCCUAAAGUAAAGACUCUGGAGCUGAACUUUCCAGAUUGGUUGGUGUAUCAAGCUGAUGGGAUUAUUCCAGACACCCAGUGGGUGCUGAGUUGCAUCCUUCUAGCGUCAGUCAGUUACAGUGGAUUCGAUGACACUGAGAGGUCCGUGGCAGCUCAGGAUGUGGCAACUUUGCAGCCUAAACCUUUUUUUAGUCGGCCUGUGAAACGGCAUCAACUGUGCAUUUCCUGGAGAACAAAAAUGCUGCAACUAACUCGCCAGUUUUCAAAGAAGCAAUGUCCUUCGGAGCAAGAAACUGUGCAUCUCCUCUCUUCACUGUAUGCCUCCACUGGAGAAAGCUUUGGCAUCACGAAGACACUGGACCCUUAUAGCGAUGAGAUUCUGGAGUAUAUGCGCGUUAAAGUAAUAUCUUCUCCAUGGUGUAUGUUCUCCAUGUGGAUAUUUGUCACCAGACACUGCCAGGAAAACAUGUGUGGUUUGCUCUACCACAUAGACUCCAAUGAUAACUAUGUCACACCAACACUGUUCCUCAAAAAAUCAGGCCAUCUACACAUCCAGAUGGAUGGAGAGUCUGGGAGAUCCUCUGCAUUUUCUCCUACUUUCAAGGUGCCUUUAAGGGAGUGGUGCCAAAUCAGUGUGAUGUUGCGCGAUGGAAUGGUGACUGUCACCAUGGUGUGUGUGAAUAAGGAGCAGAGAACAGUUCAAUCCAUAGUACAUAUGUUGGAGCAUAUUGUCUUGCUGGAUGACACAGAGGGAUAUUUUGUGAUUGGUGGAGGGAAAUACAUAAGAGGUGUUGAAGGUUAUUUUGGGCCACUGGUUUACUACCGCAACCGAAUACUACCUCACAGCAUGGCUGAAGUUGAAAUUCCAGAUGUUAUCAGGACUGUGAACCUGACAGGCUGGCUGCAUACCUGUCAAGAAUUUCAUCUGGAAAUGAAUGUUAAAAUAAGUGGAUAUUCUCUCCGGGCCCAACAGGAGACAGAGUCUGAUAAGAUAUGUUUUGAUGCUUUCCAUGAGUGGAUGGUAAAGGACAGACGGCCAUCAACGUCACAGUGUGAGCUAUGGGAGAAAACUCUCCCUCAUAGGAGACAAGCUGCAGAGCUGGCAAAGUUUUGUGUUUUCAAACAUGGAGAAAGACGAGCUAGCCUGCCAGCUGUAGGCAGAGCCCUGUACUCCUUAUCUCUUCAUAAGCUGAGCAGAGCGAGCAGCACUGGAGUGGUCAGCAGAAUAUUGCCACUGCUGCUCCAAGCUGGCUGCCUAGCUGAUAACCGAGCUCUGCACAUGGCGUCGGUGCUCUACAGUGCUGGCCUGGGAGUCGAGGAACAGCCCAAUAAGGCCUGGCUCCUGGCCCUGCUGGCAGCCCAGAAGGAUGAUAGAUUAUCCCUCCUGCGUCUCGGGCACCUGCACCACCAGGGUCUCCAUGGCCUCCCCACAGACACAGACCUGGCCAAUGCGUAUUAUGCAAACAUAGCUAAGCAGACAACACUAGACCAUCACAAUCCCACACCACAGCAGACAUUUGUUGAGGCUGUUUACCUAAACAAUGAUGAGGUGUUGAAUCAACAGACCAGUGAAGACCAUCAUGUCUUCCAAUGGCUUAAACUGCAGGCACGCAGGGGAGCAGCUGAAGCCGAGCAAACGGUUGCCCGCAUGCUGUUCUGGGGUCAGCAGGGAGUGUCUCCAGACAUCCAGAAGGCUGUGAGACACUACGAAAGAGGAGCGGUCCAGUGGGAGGACCCGGUGUCAAUGUAUGACUAUGGCAUAGUCCUACUACUGGGGCAUGGGGUUGAAAAGGACAUUCCGAAAGGUCUCACUUUCCUGAAGAAAGCAAUGGACCAGGACUUUGUUCCUGCGAUCAAUGCCUUGGCGUGGUACCAUGAGCACUUUCAACAAGACUACCAGCAGGCGGUGCAUCUGUGGGAGCAGGCUGAUCUCCUGAUGUCAUCAGACGCUGCUUUGAAUCUCGGUGUCAUGUACUCACAGGGCUUGUAUCCCGGAAAACCUGCUGACCAGUGUAUGGCCUAUCGGUACUAUCUGAAGUCUGCAGAGAGAGGGCACGUCAGGGGAGCGAUUCAGCUCGCCAGCAUCUGGACCACUGGGAUACCUGGAUGCGUCAAAAGACGUCCAUCAGAUGCCCUUUUGUGGGUAAAGUGGGCAGCUGAGCACAAUGGAUACCUGGGAAGCAUCCUGCGGAAGGCCUUGGAUUCAUAUCUCAAAAGUGACAUGUUCAGCUCACUGUUAUAUUAUAUGAUGGCUGCUGAGUCUGGGUACUCACCUGCCCAAUUCAAUGUGGCAUAUCUUUGCGAACAAAAUAUGCUAGGUUUUCUGGAUCCUUCUUUUGCAUCAAACUGUAUGUGGAGAUAUUACAACCUUACACUCCAAAGUCAAAAUCCUGACACUUAUGCAUUGAUUAAGAUGGGUGACCUGUUGUAUGAGGGGCGACGUGACGGUCAGAAAGACUUGUUUUCCGCAGCAGCCAUGUACACUCUGGCAGCUGUGAAGAACGAGCCACAGGGAUGGUACAACCUUGGCCUCCUUGCUGAGGAGGGUUACAGGCUGCCGCUGUCAGUAUUGAUUGACCUUGGCCUUUCAGAGCUGUACCUGGCAGACAACAGUGUGCUCCUAAGCACCUUGUACAAAAGAUGCAGAGACUCAGAGGAUACAGAUUCAUACUUGCCUUGCAGCCUUGCCCUCUUCAAUGUGUAUCUUCGAUCGUUCCAAAAAGACUAUAGUGCUGCUAUUAAGUUCUCCACUGCUGUCGCCGUGGUUGCAGCUCCAACGAUAUUCUUUAUCCUCCUUGGUGUGUUCAGGAGACAUGUCCUGUCUCCCAGCUAG